AUGCCUAGAUUAGAAGAAAUUGACGAUUUCAACGAUAUUGAUGAUCUCGAUAUGGAGUUGGCUGAGUUGGAUCCCUCUUUGAGAACGCCGAUAGCUCCAAAGAUAACGACUACAGUGGUAAGAAGCCAAGACCAAGAAGAACCUGCCCUUUUCCCAGGCAUGAAUAGUAAUACAAAUGACAAAAUUAACGAUGAAAAAGAGCAACUAAGUUUUAUCAAUCCCAAAACUGGUAAAGUUGAACGUUCUGAGGCGAUUUCCAAAAAAGAUUUAGAAGAAGUUAAAAGAUUUCAGAUACUUUACCCUUGCUACUUUGACGUGAACAGAUCGCACAAAGAAGGUAGACGAGUUCCUAAGGAGCUGGCAGUUGAGAACCCGUUAGCAAAGACUAUGGCAGAUGCCGUUCGUGAACUAGGAAUACUAUGCAUUUUCGAAGGUGAAAAGUGUCACCCACAAGAUUUUGGUAAUCCUGGUAGAAUUCGUGUUCUUUUCAAAGAAAAUGGGCAAUUAGUUGGUGGAGCCACUAGAUUUAAAGGUGGGAAGAGGCAAUUGAUGAAAGCUGUUGGCGAAUACAUGAAAAGAAAUCCAACUACCAUUGAAUGUUUAAGAGAAAUUCCAUAUGGUCCUGAUUUUGAUAAUAUUGAAUUCAGGAAAAUACCUCGUGUAAAGGGUUUCAAGAUGAACGAAAUCGUCCCACUACACAGCCCGUUCUUAAUGGGUCAUCCGAUGACAAAAUCUGUCUACGACGCUCCUCAGGUAACUACAGCGGAGAAAUCAUUCAAGGCACCAAAGAACAAAUACAAAGUUGUUAGAAGAUGA